ACCCGCUUACUGAAGUCAGAAAAAAACAGCCAGAAAACUACAUACAGUACAUACAGUUUGAAGAAAGAGAAAACAAACGCAGUGUAUCUGAAUAAAAAUCGAAAGCAAAUCAGGAAAAUGGCGUAUUUCUACCAACAACAGCCAUUUUACAACCCAACAAUCCCGUUUACUGGCUCAAUCCAAGGAGGCUUGACAGAUGGAAAGAGUAUUACUGUAAGUGGGCGAGUUUUACCAGGCGCCAACAGGUUCCAUGUGAAUCUCCAGUGUGGUUCAAGACCAGAUGCUGUUAUCGCUCUGCACAUUAACCCGCGUUAUGACUCCAGUACAGGAUACAUUGUCACCAACACCAAGCUAAAUAACACUUGGGGUACAGAGGAGCGAAUUUACCAGAGCCAUUUUCCUAUGGGAAAUCCUUUCAACCUUCACAUCCUGGUUACAACACUCUCAUAUAAGAUAAGUGUCAAUGGCAUCCAUAUAAUGGAUUAUAAGCAUCGUAUUCCAUUCACCAUGGUGGACACAAUCGUAGUGGAUGGGAUGGUGGAGGUCAAUAACAUCAGUUUCCAGGACCCUGUGGGUAUUGUGCCUGCUCAAGCUGGAUUUCAGCCACAGUUUGCUUACCCUCCUCAAUAUGCGACGCCUGCAUUUCCUGCUCCAACAAGCUAUAGCCUGCCAUACAAAGCUGUUAUCAACGGUGGAUUGCAACCUGGCAGAAACAUUACCAUCCAAGGAGUGGUUAAUCCUCAAGCCCACAGAUUUCACAUUAAUCUACGUCACAGAAGUGGGAUUGCCUUUCAUUACAAUCCUCGCUUUGAUGAGCACAUGGUUGUGCGAAAUACCCAAACACUGGAUUCAUGGGGCCCAGAGGAGCGCUUUGGAGGCAUGCCGUUCCAUAUGGGACAAAACUUCCAAAUCAUCAUAAGCUGCAAUCCCCAUCAUUACAACGUGUUUGUCAAUGGUCAACAAGUGCAUACCUUUAACCACCGCUUCACCAGGUUGAAUGAGAUUAAUGUUCUGGAGGUGUCUGGUGACCUGACCUUGAUUUCUGUAAAUGUUUAGCCUUCUUUUUAGAAAUUGUUCCAUCAAAUUACAGCUUAUAGUUAGAAUGUGAACAAGUUUAACACACACACACACACACACACACACACACACACACACAUACAUACAUUUAUAUUGAAUUGCGAGGACCAGUGAGAGGAGAGGAGUAAGGGGGGUGAAGGAGGCUUCUGUGUACGAUGACUUUCACACACACACCCUGUGCGAGCAAGCACACACACAGAGCCCUGUGCGAGCAAUCACAUACACAGAGCCCUGUGCGACUAAGCACACACACACCACCCAUUCAAGUGAGCAUACACACAUACACACAGACUGCACACACAGCCUGAUCACAACUCAAGUCAUUGGCUAUUAGCCAUUAGUACUCGUAUAUCAAGACCUGCUUGUUUAUCAAGAAAAAAAAAUUUUUUGCUCGUCUUGCGGAACGCUCGCAAAUACAGUAUAUAUAAGAAUGGUCAAGUAGAGUAUAAGUUUGUCUUACAAGUAUAUGAAAAUAAUCAGUGAACCGUAAUAAUUCAAAUAAACCAUUUAUUACUAUUUUUAUGGUUUUAUAUUUUUACUGUGCUUUUUAUUGUACACGAGUAUUAGGAUGUUACCCUGUUAAUUGUAAUAUUCACCUUUAAGCCAAGCAAUAAAACUAUACCCUCUCCUGCUGUA